AUACCAAACCAAUUUGGCACCCCUCUCAUCGCACCGCCCAUCACAAAACUGUUGUUGACUUUUCCUCACACAGAGUCUCAGUCCAACACGCAACUAUAGCGAAAGCCCAAAUCACACACAUUCUCUCUCUAUAUAUAUUUACGCACCAAACUUAACCACUCAUACUGCAUCUUCCUCUUUCAAACUCAAACCACUAACCCUAAUCUGAAGCAAGCACGGGUUCACUUUUUCAUCGGAAUCCACUUUUUUCAUCGGAACCCGGUUGCUCAGAUCUAUUAAGGUUAGGUUUCCGUUUGAAAAUUGAAGAUGGUUUCUGACGCUAGCAAGAAGAAAGCCGCUCAAAAGAAAGCUGCCGCAGCCGCCAAACGAGGUGGUAAAGCCGCCGUUGCAGCUGCUUCUUCCAAGGCCGCUGAUAAAGUUGCCGAUAAGAUUGCCGAUAUUCGCAUAUCGGAUCGCACUUGCACCGGUGUUCUCUGUUCUCAUCCUCUCUCUAGAGAUAUCCGGAUAGAGUCUCUAUCGGUUACUUUCCAUGGACAUGAUCUCAUAGUUGAUUCUGAAUUGGAGCUAAAUUAUGGAAGACGUUAUGGAUUACUUGGGUUAAAUGGUUGUGGAAAGUCCACUUUACUUACUGCAAUAGGGAUGCGGGAACUUCCAAUUCCCGAACACAUGGAUAUUCAUCACCUUAGCAGAGAAAUUGAAGCCUCUGACAUGUCUGCUUUGGAAGCUGUAAUAAGCUGUGAUGAAGAAAGGUUGAAAUUGGAGCACGAAGCUGAAAUUUUGGCAGCUCAGGAUGACGGAGGUGGUGAAGCCCUCGAACGUAUUUAUGAACGAUUGGAUGCCCUAGAUGCAUCAACGGCAGAAAAGCGUGCCGCUGAAAUUUUACAUGGUCUUGGUUUUGACAAGGCAAUGCAAGCUAAGAAGACUCGUGAUUUUUCUGGAGGCUGGAGAAUGCGAAUUGCAUUAGCAAGAGCUUUAUUUAUGAAUCCCACUGUUCUUUUACUCGAUGAACCAACCAAUCAUCUCGAUUUGGAAGCUUGUGUGUGGCUGGAGGAGAGUUUGAAGAAGUUUGAACGUAUUUUGGUUGUUAUUUCACAUUCCCAGGAUUUCCUUAACGGUGUCUGCACAAAUAUUAUCCACAUGCAAAGUAAGAAAUUGAAGAUGUAUACUGGUAAUUAUGAUCAAUAUGUUCAGACUCGUGGUGACUUAGAAGAGAACCAGAUGAAGCAGUACAAGUGGGAGCAAGAGCAGAUUGCCAACAUGAAGGAAUAUAUUGCUCGAUUUGGUCAUGGUUCAGCAAAACUAGCUCGCCAGGCACAAAGUAAGGAAAAAACACUGGCAAAAAUGGAACGAGGUGGACUUACCGAGAAGGUAGUUAGAGAUCAAGUUUUAGUAUUCCGCUUUACUGAUGUGGGAAAACUUCCCCCUCCUGUUCUACAGUUUUCUGAAGUAAGUUUUGGGUACACUCCUGAUCAUCUCAUCUACAAAAACAUUGAUUUUGGGGUUGACUUAGACUCUAGGAUUGCUCUUGUUGGACCAAAUGGUGCCGGAAAGAGCACACUGCUGAAGCUAAUGACAGGUGAUUUGUUUCCUAGUGAUGGCAUGGUCAAGCGUCAUAAUCAUCUUAGAAUUGCACAAUAUCAUCAGCACUUGGCUGAAAAGUUAGACUUAGAUGUUCCUGCCCUUCAGUUUAUGAUGAAUGAAUACCCUGGAAAUGAGGAAGAGAAGAUGAGGGCUGCUAUUGGGAGGUUUGGACUGACAGGUAAAGCCCAGGUGAUGCCUAUGAAGAAUUUGUCUGAUGGGCAAAAGAGUCGAGUGAUAUUUGCUUGGUUAGCUUGGAGGCAGCCUCAAUUGCUACUUUUGGAUGAGCCAACUAAUCAUUUGGAUAUCGAAACAAUUGACUCACUGGCUGAGGCAUUGAAUGAGUGGGAUGGCGGCUUGGUGCUUGUUAGUCACGAUUUUAGGCUCAUUAAUCAGGUUGCACAUGAAAUAUGGGUGUGUGAAAAUCUAAAAGUGACCAGAUGGGAGGGUGACAUUAUGGAUUUCAAGAAGCAUCUAAAGGCAAAGGCAGGGAUAGUGGACUGAAGCUGUUAGUGAGAUAUAGCGAUAGAAAUAGGCCAAACCAUCGCCCUUUGGAGACUCUUAUGACCUUGUUUAUCAAGUUCAAACCAUGCCAAACUUAUUAAAUAAAUUGGGUUGCUGGGAUAUUGGCUGUUCCAUAUAUUACUAGCUAAGAAUUUAGUACAACCAAUAUCUUGGUGAGUGCCUCCAUUUUUUUUUGCAGUGUUGAUGGUGAUUGUCUGUCGAGUUCAAUAGCAGAAUUGGAAGUGCUAUGAUUUUUGUUUUGGAUUAAGAUAUAUCUUCCAUCUAGGUGGACUUAAUUUUUUUUUUCUCGUUUAUUAUUUUGUUGUGUUUAUCAUUUAAUUGCUUGGUUCUUGACCAGCAGGAUGGAUAAUGGGACAUCAUCUCAAGCUGUGAUGUGAUCCUUAUAUGAAUCUUAAAACUCAACUUCAUUGCUUAUUUUAUCAAUUUGUUGUACGGAGAUUACUAUAUCUAUGAUAUUAGCUAUUAGUAUUAUCAGUUUCUUA